AUGGGUAAGAGUUACUGGUAUAAGCAGAGGAGCAGGAUGGACUGGUUCUCGCAGCGGGCGGUAGAUCUUGGGUAUGACCACGGUGGUGUUGUUGCGCGUGGGGUGUGGCUCGGUGAGUUUUACGAGGGCAUGAGUCGCAGCGAUGAGCGCUGUGCUGGGCGCGGGUCUCGGAGUUGGCUGUGGACGCAUCUGGCCGGGGAGGAGCUGCCUGAGCUCGAGAUGCCUGGCGCGGAGUACCGUCAUGAGGAGUCUCGGAGUGUGUCUGGCUCUGGCUCUGGCUCUGGCUCUGGCGGGCGUGCGGGCCACACACAUGCUACUUAUGGUGGUCAUGGCGGCCUUGGGAAGGGUAAUGUGCGGGUACUGACGCCUGUGCGUGCCACUGCGCACCCGUUAGCCGGUGCUGAGAAAGGUGAUUUGAGUGAGCGAUUGAAUACCUCCAUGGAGAUUGUGGACCUGGACUUGAAACGGCUGCUGAUACACCCGAUGUUCAGCGAGCCGCAGCACGUGAAGAACAUGAAGCUGCUGCUGUACAACUACUUGCUCGACAGCAUCGAGUACAAGCAAGGGUUCCACGAGAUUAUGGGUAUGAUAUACAUGCAGAUCUACGACAACGACGAGAACAGCGAGACGAAGCUGCGAACGGUGCUGAAGUUGUUCACCACGCUGAUGGCGCCGCUGAACAAAGUGUUCUACGAGGAAGACAACCUGCUGAACUGGGAGCAGAAGAUAUUCCGGCCGAUGCUGAUGGGACUUUCGCCAAAGGUGUUCAGUAUCAUAUACUCUGGGCACGGUAAACACCACAACAACAACCUCAUAUGGAUAAUAAGGUGGACCAGGCUGCUGUUUAUCCGUGAGAUAGCGUCCAAAGUUGAUAUACUGGAGCUCUGGGACCACUUGCUGACGGUUCCCGCGGCGCAAUUCCCGCUGUUCAUGGCUGCGUUCAUUUCGGUGAUGUUGCUGUCCAUCUACGACCAGGUAGUAGAGUUCUCCCGGGACAAGACGCUAGACCACGACGAUCUCAUUGAGAUCCUGCUGCUGCGGUACAAAGAGAUGAACCCCCAUAUCGAUGUGGUGAAGUACUGCCAAGUAGCCAUGGAGGCCACGGAGCAGUUCAAUGCCGGCGAGCUAGACAAGCUGUUUGGCACCGCUACGAAGUUUCUAGAGUGGAAGUACCGCGACAGCCCGCAGAUCCUAGCGAUGCACCAGCAGUCGCGGGACAUGAAGCUCGGCAGGCCUGACAUUCCGCCGGACCCCAACAGGCUGCGAAUGGAGGAGAAGCUCAAGCAGAGGGUGCUGCAGAGACUGCACAGAUGA